AUGCCUAGUGUUGAGAGUGAAAUCCAGCCAACUUUCCAUAGAACAACCAUGGAUAUGAAUUCUCAGCUCCUGACAAUACCAGUUCAAAGUGCUACGGAGUCAAAUUAUGAGAGUGAUAUGGAACCACCAAGUCGAACCCCAUCGCUCAAAAGCCUUGAUAUCAAUCCUCUAUCUGAUGUCCCACCCGCUCUGGUGGUGACAGACGCUCUCACGCCAAAAAGAGCUCCAACUGAUUUUGGAGAUCAAGAGGAUUACAACUCGCCGGCUGGUCUGAACAGGACUCACUUUUCGCGACCAUCUUACCAAAGACGACGAUUCAAAGAGCCGGAGCUCUCAGAAAUCGGAGUUCAAACUGGUGAGACAAUUCGACUACGCCAAGCCAUGUCUUUUGAGCAAGGACCAACGACUGUUUUCGAAGGAGCAACGAAGGAUCGGUUGGCGCCCUUUGGUCAGACAGCCACAAACAUGUCUUUCGAGCGUUUUGCGAACAACUCAUUUGAGAAAAGAGGGCAUCCUGCUCCAGCAGUGCUUACGGCGAUGCUUCAGCAGCGGCAAAACCAGGCAGCGCGCAAUAGCGUGGAAAGUUCAUAUCCACGCGAAACAGCAUCCAACUCUUCCCAAGAAAAGCAAAUUCCUGGUGGCGAGAAACCCACUCAACAGAUGACCAGAGAGGAACGGAGGCGAUCAUUUAUCGAUAAUCAACAUCACUCGUAUGAAACCAGAACUCAUCAAGAAUGGAGAAGUAGUACUAGGAGUCAGUGGGAAGAGGGGAAGCUUGACGAAAACUUCAACGAGUUGCGAAGUACUGACUGGGAAAACAAGGACACUGUGCCAGACGGUGUGCAACAACAAAUGGACAAACUUCAUUAUACUAGACUGUCAGACCAAGUGUUCGAGGAGCGCGAGGUGCUUGUGGAGCGCAAUGAGUACUAUGACGGAUCACAACCGGCUCGGAGCUACAUGAUUCAGCAAACGCAAAAAGUUAGCAUUGGCGGAGAAAAGCCUGGUCAACUGCCUGUCAUUAUGUCGCAGAAGCCGGAAAGUAUUCGGAAAAGUCAGAAUUCAGAGAAGGUACCAGGGAAAGGAGAAGAGCUGAGUAAACCAUUCCAUCCAACAGUAAUAACCAGAGAAACGGUGGAGCAGCUGAGGCAGUCGGUGGUGGCUGAAUCGCGCUUGCCAUCAACGCCAAGAAAGAAAUCACUUGAAAGCGACACUGAGUUGCCACCUCCGAUUGAUAUUAAAGAUCUGUCGAUGACUGACCCGGUGCCGAGAGUCUCUACAGCUGCGAAAGAAGCCUUGUAUACGACGCCGACACGUGGAGCGCGUAUUUCAAUGAACGUGAAAACGCCAACUUCGUUAUGGAGUCCGACAUCCCGAGGAUGGGAACGUCGUAAAUUUAGCAACGAACGAGGAGAUGGCUCGCCUUAUAAGUGGCAGGUUCCUAGUAUCGACACUUGCAGAGAAAACAGAGAGCCUGAUGUGCGUUCGAAUGAAAGCCGUACAAGCAACCGUGGCAGUACAGUAAGGAGGCAUGUUCCACGAGGAAGAAUACGUGACCUAGCACGGCUCUUUGAUGGUUUGUCACGAGAGGCUCAGCGAGACGCGGAAGUGCUCAGAGGAAAGUCGCUUCCACCUCCGAAGCAUCGCACAAAGUAUUUCCGAACACACUCCCUGCCAAGGCAUCAAAAUUCUCCGCCUCGCGCGGUUGAGCAACCCCCGGUAGAGGAAUCUCGGCCUGAAGUUGUAAAUAGUCGAGAACCUGUCGUGAAAUAUGCCAAGAUUCCUUACUCGUCAACGCUUGGUGGUGUCACUGACGAUUACACGUCGGCAUCUAAUCAGCCACACUUUCCAUCUUCUCAAGGAAACAGCUGUAGUGAGCCAGUGGAAGUUCAUGCCGACUCUAAACCCGAACCGGUCUAUGCAAAAGUGCAACGUGUUAGUGCUAAUCCGUAUCAUCAUCAGCCUGUGGGACAGCAGGGGUCAUUUCGUCGGGAAUCGGUGUGCUCAGUGACAAGUGAAAGACGACUGGAAAAUGCUGAUGCUGAAAAAGUAACUGGUGAAAUCGACAGAAUGUUCGAAUUUGUGGAUGAACACGAUGGACUGAGCACUUUGGGUCGUGAGACGGAAACAGAAAGUACAACUGGUGUAGUGAAACAUGGCGACUAUGGAAUCGUCAGAGGCGAAGUGGGUGGACACCUCACUGAACUGCCACCUGUUCCUCCACAGCCUCCGCUUGCCCACAGUAACCUGGAUGCCACAAAAAGAGGUCGAUCGGAUCAACCGCUCAAGUAUUCAAUUAGCGGCUACCGCGAUAUGCAGCGCGUACAGCGCAUGGGUCGAGUUACGUCGGAUGCACCUCCGAGGUUCUCCCCGUUGACCGCACCAACCCCUGGCAUUGGUGUGAGUACAUACAAGUCAAGAGAAGGAACCAUUGGGGAAAAAGUGAGCACCAUAAGUCGUUAUUCUCGUCCUAAUACGCAACCAUCAGCACUUGCGACAUCGACACCUGUUAAUUCUCCCUUGGGUACGGGAUUUUCUCAAAAACAACCUGAUGUACCAAACCUUGAUGAUUCCUUCGUAAGCACCAUUACAACUGCCAGCCAGCUUCACGAUGCUCACGAGGAAUACAAACGACAGAUCGCUACACGGCCGAUUGUCACGACUACUGUUGUUCAGCUGUCGGCACAGCGUACUCUCCUGCUGGCACGUGAGCGUCUGGAACUUUUACGAUGUGAGGUUAAUCGAAUCUCGGCUCUCGCAGCCGUACGCAAUCCGCCUCCUCCUGUCAGCCGAGAUCUACGGGGUACGAUGACAAUCUCGAAUAUCACAGUGCAUCUGAAUCGAAGUUUCUGUCAGCGGCAGUAUGAUCAAGAUGCAUCUUAUGCGCUUCUGAUUCUUCUCAAGUGUGGCGCAGAAGUGGAAGCGACUGGUCCGAUUUCCUUACUAGCACAUCAGCCAGUUCGCAUUCGCCAGUUGACGUUUGCUGAACAUGUUCAGUUUUCAAACCUCCCAGUGGAUUUCAAUGUUGUCGUGGAGGUUUAUGCAAUGAAGUUGCCCACCGCCAAGCAAAUGGAACAGUCAUGUGCCACGAACAUUGCAAACAAAUGUCGCAAUCUACUCAAUCCGGCUUGUAGGUUCUUACUCGAUUAA